GUUUUCAAACAACGAACUGUUCGGAAAUUCUGUAAACAAAUGCUUGAACAAGCGACUUAGACUCAUUUUAAGUUAUCUGUUUGAAUAAAUAUAAUGAAUAAUAAGGGCAAUGAGUUAUCAAUUUUUCAAGGAGGGCCUUCAAUUCAUGUUGAUAACAAUCGACAGCGAAUUGAAGAGGAAGAAGCUUUACAAGAUCAAAUUCGGCGGAAUGUUGAGCUUAAUAAUGAUCUUCAAAAUGCGUUUGAAGAUUUUGAAGAAGAGGAAGAUGUAGAUGAAAGUGUGAAUUCUACAAAAUAUUCCCAAGAAAAUUCCUAUCAUCAACAUCAUCAUUCUAAUGGAAACCGUCAACAGUAUCGGGCACAACAACCAUUUCAAUUUCAAUUUAGAAGCGAAGAAACUCGUUGUAAAAAUGUCCUCGAAUCAAAAAUUCGUGAAAUUGAAUUUGUUACAAAUCAACUGAAAUCAGAAAGAAAGCAACAUAAAAAUGCUAUCGAUGAAUAUGAAAAACGUCUCUCGGUAGCAGAAGCUGAAAAGGAACGAGCUCUUAUGACUCGUGACCAAAUGCAUGAGUUACUGGUAGAGAAUAAGAGUAAACUUAUCGAAACUGAAGAAGAUAAUCAGAAGCAUUGCUCAAAAAUAAAGUUCCUCGAAUCAGAAAAUUCAGCUCUUAUUGGUGAACUUGAAGGUACGAAACUUAUGUUAUCAGAUAUUCAAGUGAAAUAUAGUAUGGUUGAGAAAAAUGUUAAGUUUAACGCAGAACGUAACACAGAUUCAAUUUUGAAACAAGCCCAGGAAAGGCACACCGCUCAAAUUGCAAUGAUGCAGCAACAAGUCGAUGGACUUAAAGCAAAAUACGACGAUAUUGAACAUGAUCACAAGAAUCUAGAAAUUCGUUAUAAGGAGCUUCAAAGAUCCCGUGAAAGUAUGUUGAUUGAGAAGAGUGAAAUGAUAAAUCAACUUAAUAAGAAUCUUGAAGAUGCACAACGUCAAUGUAAGGAUCUUCUGUCACGACCAGAUUUAACUCAAGAAAACCGUCAACUUCAAUCUCUUAUUCAUUCAAUGGAAUUGCAAAGAAAAGACAUGAAAGAAACAAUAAAUACACUUCAUAAACGAUUGGAAGAUCAAACACUUGAGAUGGAAAUGAUGGACAGCAUUGUUCACGAAUGUGGUGGGAAUAACACCUCAUAUUCGGAAUGCUCAAAGUUUACUCAUAAAGAUCCUCUUAAAAGUAAAAAUAAUGGUAUUCUUUUAGGCCCUCAAGCCCGUCUUAUUUGGGUUAAAGAUGAACUUUGCAAAUCUCUUAACAACAUCAAGAGUAAACGCGAAAAUAUAAAAAUAAUGGAAAAACAGUUGAUAGAAAAGGAUGAAGAAAUAAAAAAGAUAUCAUUAAAUGAGAAUAAGGCUUUGGCGCAACUCAAUCAUUAUCGUGUUGAAGCUUCCCGUCUUGAAAGUAAAACACGAAUUCUUGAAAAAGAAUUGAACAAUGUAAGUGAUGAGUUGAACGAGCUUAGAAAAACUAGAAGUAAUCCACAUUGUAUAACUAAUGAAAAGUAUGAAGAAAUUAUCAGUAAUCUACAAAAGGAAAAAGAACCACUUGAAAUGGAACUCCAUGAAAUUAAAACUGAUUUUGAAAACAUGAUAAUGAAGAAUAGUGUCUUAUCAGAUAGGGAAAAAGAUUUACAGAUGACGAUUGCAUAUCUUGAAAAGGAAUUGAAAAAGCUUCAAAACCAUUCUUCUUCAAUUGGAGAUUUAGAAAAACGAGAGAGAGAAAAAGUUCAAAAGCUUCCAGAAGAUUUAGAAAGAUUACAGCUUGCAGAAAUGAAAGUGGAUAAAGGUACUCAAAUUGAAGAUCUAUCUGAUAAAGUUAAGAGAAAUUGUCAGAAUUGCGAAGAAAAUUUAACGAAACUUGAACAGAAAUCUACCGAAUUGGAAGUUCGUGGAGAGCAAUUGAAACUCUUAAAGUUUACAAUAAUUCAAGAACGCGAAGAAUCUGAAGCAAUUCUCAGAGAAACUGAAAAUGGAUUUGAAAGUUCUAUUGAGAAGUAUCGAUUAAGAUAUGAAGAUAAUCUACGGCACACAGAAGAAAUGACGAGGCAUUUAAAUGAGAAAAAGGAGCUUAUUAAUGAAGAACGCAUAUCAAUAGAAUGCCUUAAGAAACAAAUACAUGAAGAACGUAAGUUGCUAUUGAAGCGUGAAGAGGAAACAUUAGAAAAGGUUGGAAAGUUAGAACAAGAGAACAGGAAAGCUAUUGGAGAGCUAAAUGAAAAAUAUUUGUCAGCGAAAAAGACAGCAAUUAAUUACAAGCAAUACUCUGAAGACAAAGAAAAACACUUUCGCAAUGAAUGUGAACGGAUCAAGUCCUCUUGCAUACAGAAAAUAAGUAAAGCUGAACAGUGCUUCAAGGAGACAUUGAUGAAAAAGGAAAAAGGAUAUCAAGAGCGAUUAACAAAAAUUGAAGCUGACUUUGAAGCGAAAGUUGGAGAAUGGAAUCACAAACACGAAAAACAUGAAUAA